AUGGAAGUUUUAGAUAAGAAAAAUGCGAUAUUAACGAAUGUUGAGGUCUUAAAAGUGUUAAGAGACACUCGAAGAAAAGAAAAUGCUCUUCCUAAGCAUCAACGUUCAUGGAGCGUUGGCACAGUUUUAUAUGAGACUAUGAAAUAUCUGCAAAAUUCACCGGCUGGAUCACAAAAGAAUAGCUCUGUUAAAGAGUUUUCCAAAAAAGUACAACCGUAUGAGAUGCGAGUAAUCAUAGAAGAGGUCGACGAGCGUUUAACAGAAGAACAAAUAAAGUCGUUAGUUGCAGUAAGUGUCCAAACCUAG